CACAGGCGGAACUCACCAUCAGCAGACAUCCCAUACCAUCAGCAGCCAUCCCAUACCAUCAGCAGCCAUCCCAUACCAUCAGCAGCCAUCCCAUACCAUCAGCAGACAUCCCAUACCAUCAGCAGCCAUCCCAUACCAUCAGCAGACAUCCCAUACCAUCAGCAGCCAUCCCAUACCAUCAGCAGCCAUCCCAUACCAUCAGCAGCCAUCCCAUACCAUCAGCAGCCAUCCCAUACCAUCAGCAGCCAUUCCAUACCAUCAGCAGCCAUCCCAUACCAUCAGCAGCCAUCCCAUACCAUCAGCAGACAUCCCAUACCAUCAGCAGCCAUCCCAUACCAUCAGCAGACAUCCCAUACCAUCAGCAGCCAUCCCAUACCAUCAGCAGCCAUCCCAUACCAUCAGCAGCCAUCCCAUACCAUCAGCAGCCAUCCCAUACCAUCAGCAGCCAUCCCAUACCAUCAGCAGCCAUCCCAUACCAUCAGCAGCCAUCCCGUACCAUCUGCUGCCAUCCCAUACCAUCAGCAGCCAUCCCAUACCAUCAGCAGCCAUCCCAUACCAUCAGCAGCCAUCCCAUACCAUCAGCAGCCAUCCCAUACCAUCAGCAGCCAUCCCAUACCAUCAGCAGCCAUCCCAUACCAUCAGCAGCCAUCCCAUACCAUCAGCAGCCAUCCCGUACCAUCUGCUGCCAUCCCAUACCAUCAGCAGCCAUCCCAUACCAUCAGCAGCCAUCCCAUACCAUCAGCAGCCAUCCCGUACCAUCUGCUGCCAUCCCAUACCAUCAGCAGGCAUCCCGUACCAUCUGCUGCCAUCCCUUUUUCCGAAGUCUUUCUCAUCCUUCCCGUCCCAUUUCAUUCAGGAUACGAACACAUACACGUGGCACGUGGUGAUUGGUUCGCACCUCUGCAUGAGAUGGGCAUGCACGGUCGGUUGCAUGUCAUCGUGAGCAAUCCCCCCUACAUCCCAUGCCGCCUGCUGCCAUCCCUGCUAACAGAGCUCUCCUCACCUCAUUUUCUUUCCAUGCCACAGGAGCACAUACACGUGGCGCGUGGUGAUUGGUUCGCGCCCCUUCAUGAAAUGGCCAUGCAUGGUCGGCUGCAUGGCAUAGUGAGCAACCCUCCCUACAUCCCAUGCCACCUGCUGCCAUCGCUGCAACCUGAGGUGCUGCAAAACGUGGGUCUCCACAUCUCGCUGCACGACCUGCAGUCAGUGCAAGGGGGGUUCAUCUUACCCCCUUCGAUUCAAACCCCCCUGUGUUUCCCCACUGAAAUAUGCAACUGUCCCCCAUCAGGUGCUGCAAAACGUGGGUCUCUACAUUCAUCAGGGCUGCACGACCUGCAAUUAGUCUUGCGCAACGUGGGUCUCUGCAUCUCGCUGUACGACCUGCAGUCAGUGGAGGGGGGAUUCAUUUUCCCUUCCGACCCUGGCCCUCAUUUCACUGUUCGCUUUCGACUGGUCGUCUUCUCACCAUUUGCCGGGGAGGUGCUGGUGGGAAGGCUGGUGAAAUGCGAUGCCACAGGGCUCUUUGUAUCGCUGGAUUUUUUCUCCGAUAUACACAUUCCUCACUACAACCUACAAGAGCCUUCAGUUUUUGACGAGCAGGAGAAGCUGUGGGUGUGGAAGUUCAAUGACAACGACAUGUUCCUGGACAUGGAUGAACUGAUCCGGUUCAAGGUGGUGAGUGUGAAGUAUCCCCCACUGCCCGUGGAGCAGGAUAAGGGCGCCACUGCCUUUGCAACCAUGGAGAUCGUUGGUGAUAUUAACGGUGAUGGGCUCGGCUUACUCUCUUGGUGGUCGUAG